AUGGACACUUUUAAUGUACAGUGGUCACAAUGUUUUUUAUGCUCCCCCCCCCCUUUUAGUGUGAUCACGAGAACCCUUCAGAAAAUACAGCAGGAUCAAGCGACAGGCUUGUUGGUUGCGAACUUUUGGACGACUCAAACAUGUUGGCCACCUCUGACAAGGAUGCUAAUACAUUUAAGCACCUCUAUUACUACCGAAAAGAAAGAACACACUGUACCUUCCUCAGGACCCCAGUGCGGUACACCCACUGCACAGUCAGAUGUCUCUACUCCUCCGCCACUUGUCCGGCAACAUUUGCAGAGUUAAGGAAUUUCAUAAUCAGCUUCUGACAUUAUCAUGUAGUCCUGGCGGACCAGCACAGGAGUCCAAUACAGCUCUUAUAAAUGGUUGGAAUACUGUCAUAAAUGGCAAAUUAAUCCAGUUUCACCACCUGUGGCAAGCGGGCUCAACGUUCUUGUGGAGCUUUAUCACAAGGGACUCAGUUACAGUGCGUUAAACACUGCAAGGAGUGCAUUGGCCAGUGUCAUUGUAUUACAGGAUAACCAGUCCUACCAGUCCUUUGGUAAUCACCUGCUUGUUUCUCACUUUCUAAAGGAAAGAUUUACGACAAGAUCAGCGCUACCUAAAUACAGAGAAGUAUGGGAUGUGAACACAGUUCUUGAACAUUUAAAAACUUUACACCCUGCAGAGACUUUAUCCUUAAAACUGUGGUCAUUAAAAAUAGUUAUUUUGAUGGCCGUAUUGUCAGGCCAACGCUGCCAGACCAUUCAUGCUUUAACUUCAAAGGACAUGAAAACCUCAAACAACAAAGUAAUGUUUAUUGUAAAUGAUUUAUUAAAAACUAGUAAACCCGGUAAAGAAUGUACUAAGUUAGAAUUUCAGUCCUUCGAUGAAGAUCCUCGAAACUGUGUAGUGAGGUAUCUCUCUGAACACCUGGGUAUUCAGAGAGAUACCAAAAACCUGAGGCAUGAUCAUCAUAAGUUACUUGUUAGUUCUCAGAAACCACACAGGCCAGUCUCCAAGGACACUGUUAGUAGAUGGUUCAAGAUGGGAUUUAAACUUACUGGCAUAGAUAGUUCCACCUUUAGUGCCCACAGCACAAGAGCUGCAUCAACCUCAGCUGCAAAAGCCCAGAAACUCUCAAAUACCACCAUCAUGGCUACUGCUGGGUGGUCAUCUGAAAACACCUUAACAAAAUAUUACAACAAAACAAUUUCCAAAGCAACAGAUAACUUUGGAAAACAACUAGUCAAGGCUUUG